GGCGGGGGGGCCGUCGUCGACGACGACGACGACGACGACGACGCAGGCGCGUCUCGCGCCAUCGUUGCGUGUGCGGCGUUUCAUCGUCGCGGGGGUGCGGUGCGGAUCCGCGCGGGAGAGAUGCGUGUCGACUACCGGCGCUCUGAUAUAGGUAGGGAGAGAGGGAUGGAUGGUAUAUUAGGUAGGUAUCUCUGCGAAGAGCGCACGCGUACAAAUACCGCCGCGAUCCUCCCGGAGACGGCGAUGAUUGUUCUUGGUCACGCAAAACUACUCAAGUUCCUUCGGCCCAUUCUUCCUGCAUAAAAUAUCCGCUCGCACGACCUGGCGUCGCUCGUUUCCGUGUAUAUAUAACCACAUUACCUCGCCACUCCGCCCUCGUCCCAUCCCAAAAUGGUUCGCAUCAGCGCCGCUGCUCUCUUGGCUUUCGCCGCCACGGCCCUCGCCCAGCUCACGCCGAACAACGCCGGCGCCCGGAACGUCGGCCAGGGCAACGGCCAGCAGUUCAUCACCGGCGGCUGCGUCUCCGACGCCGACUGCUCUUCGGCGUGCUGCGCCCAGGUCCAGUCGAACGGGCUCGGCGUGUGCUCGGCCGAGGCCGCGUCGCUGCAGAACGGGAAGCUCGGCUGCGGCUUCGUCGACCCGAAUGCGACGCAGACUAUUGCCGCGGCCAAGGCCCAGGUCGCGAAGCAGGGAUUCUAAAGAGGCGGCGACAGCAGCAGCAGCAGCAGC